GAUGGCCACUUAAAAAAUUAUCUAUAAUAUGAUGUCAUACUUGUCUCUUGACAUCUCUUAUGCUGGAAAAGUCUUGCAGCUAAUCAGGGUUCUUUACAUUUAAAUCUUCAAAUGCUGGAUCUGGCGCUAAAUAGAGGAUCUUUACAAGUACAUAAGAGUUGGGUAAUUUGUGUACUUCAAUUACUGAGAACACUCACUAUUUCAGAGCACUAAUAAAAUCUGGCCAAGUCUAGGUAGUUGUCACACAUAUCUGAAGAAGAUUGAUUGCAUUAUCGUAAGUUUUCUUUUUAAAUUUCUUCUGCCACAAUGGUUUCUACCAGCUACAUCUAUACUUUAUACUAUUACCAUACUUUUUUUCCUUGCAUUCACAUCAAUAUGAUCACAUAUGAUUUCCAAAUGCCCAGGACUAAGAUACCUGGAAAUUUUAGAAGGACCUAAUUUGCUUUUCUGGGGUCACCUAGACCACAUUGGCUACUGUACUUUGGAGCAGUAGGUUUGGUCCCUGUAAACCAAGACAGAUGUUACUCAGUCUAUCAUAAUGUAAAUAAUAAGCCUAAUUAAGAUGCAGAAUUUUUACAAACUCCACAUACCCUCCAGAAGACAAUCUAAAGUUCUGACUGACAUGUGGAAUGUGGUGGCCCCAUCUACAGCUGACCCUUUGGUCCCUUAAGAAGAGAAACUGAAGCUCAUUAAGGUCAUAGACUGAUCUUACUCAUCUUUGCAUUGUAUCUAUUUGGCAAAUAUUUUUUAAUAAGUUUGCCAUGAGAAGAAUGAAAAUGGAAAUGUGUAAUUGAGUUAGGUUGCCACUUGCCCUUCAACAUGGAAAUGCUAAAACUUUUACUCAAAUGACUUUUAUAAAGCAAAGAUAUUAAGGUCCUAUAUGGAGCAGUGGUUUUCAAACUUGAGCGUGUAUCUAAGUCCCUUGAGCUCUUGUUAAACCCCAGAUUCCUGGGUCUCACCCAGAGAGUUUCUGAUUUAGUAGGUCUGGAAGUGUCUGAAAAUUUGCAUCUCUAACGAACUUCUGUGUGAUACCAGUGCUACACCAGUCUGAACCACUCAUCUCAGAGCAUCAAUCUGCAUACUCUGGAGUACUAAGAGAGUUGGAGGUGUGUGAGAACAUUUUGGGUGACCAGCUUACUCACACGAGGACUUCCAGGUCUCUCUUCCAAUGAAAAGUUAUAUGUUCAUGGGCUUUGGUUUUCUUAUCCUUGGAAAUGGACAACAAAAAGUACAGGAGUUCCUUCCUUUAGAACAAGAGAUUAUCAUGUUCAAAUCACAAUGGGCAUUCACAAAGUACUCCUUAAGGGGUAGGCAUACAAAAAUAAUCAAAACACAUAUACUGAGCUUGAGGAUUUCAAAGCACAUUGUCUCAAGAAAUGUUAGGGCAGUGGGCAAAACAUAUGUUAUGGACAAAGAUGUAAUACUGCUGUUUUUGACUGUCUGCCCCCAAGGACUCCAGAACCAACCAGCCUAGACCUUCGCCAGUCUUUCCUGUGGUAAGGAUCUCUGGUCCCCUGUCUCAUCCUUCUAGCCCCAUCCACAUUUUAGACUUAACUCCAUGGUCUCUGUGAUGCUUAUUCAAUAAAAAAUAACAAUGACCCAUAUUAUCCUUCCCAUUUAUGGAACUUUAUCUAUUGCCAGACUCUGUGUAUAUGCCUUGCUUGUUACAGCAAUUCAGAAAGGUAGGCGAUUUUAUCCCUGUUGAACAUAUGAGUAAACUGAAGCUCAGAGAGAUUAAAUAUCUGGGCCAGAGUCACACAACUUAGAUAGGUUUUACAGCUGUGAUUUGAAGGCCAUCUUGCUGCACUUCUAAGCCACAAGACGACAUAUUCUUUCCACUUUUCUACACAUUUUUGAUUAUUUUUUAAAUUAGGAUUUUAGAUUUUUAUGAAAUGGCCAGUUGCUAAAUACAUAACUUUUAGAUAGUGACCCAUGUUCCUGUUUAACUAAAUGGAAGAAGAAAGAUAGAAGAACCAAAAUGAAGAAUGAGAGAAUUCUAGAACUUUUAGCAGAUAAUGACAUUUUAUGUUUGAGAACAUAUGUGCUUACCAGAGUGCUUUUGUAUUAACGACCUGGCUUGUGUCUCAAAACCCUCCAAGUCUGGUGUGAAAGAGAAUGGAGCCCACCUCAUCGGAGCAAUAGGUCUAUGAUUGGGAGAAGGAGACAGCAGCUGUUCCUGGAAAACCAGAAAAUGGAUGGUAAUGAGUGUGUAUAUGGCAGCUACCCUGAAAUUCCUUUGGAAGAAAUGUCAGAUGCAGAUGGAGUAGCCAGCACUCCCUCCCUCAAUAUCCAAGAGCCAUGCUCUCCAGCCACAUCCAGCGAAGCAUUCACACCAAAAGAGGGCUCUCCAUACAAAGCCCCCAUCUACAUCCCUGAUGAUAUCCCCAUUCCUGCUGAGUUUGAACUUCGAGAGUCAAAUAUGCCUGGAGCAGGACUAGGAAUAUGGACCAAAAGGAAGAUUGAGGCAGGUGAAAAGUUUGGGCCUUAUGUGGGAGAGCAGAGGUCAAACCUGAAAGACCCCAGCUAUGGAUGGGAGAUCUUAGAUGAGUUUUGCAAUGUGAAGUUCUGCAUAGAUGCUAGUCAACCAGAUGUAGGAAGCUGGCUCAAGUACAUCAGGUUUGCUGGCUGUUAUGAUCAGCACAACCUCGUUGCAUGCCAGAUAAAUGAUCAGAUAUUUUAUAGAGUAGUCGCAGACAUUGCACCAGGAGAGGAGCUCCUGCUGUUCAUGAAGAGUGAGGACUAUCCCCAUGAGACUAUGGCGCCGGACAUCCACGAAGAACGGCAAUAUCGCUGUGAGGACUGUGACCAGCUCUUUGAGUCCAAGGCUGAACUGGCAGAUCACCAGAAGUUCCCCUGCAGUACCCCUCACUCAGCAUUUUCAAUGGUGGAAGAAGACUUUCAACAAAAACUCGAAAGUGAAAAUGAUCUCCGAGACAUACAUGCAAUCCAGGAGUGUAAGGAAUGUGACCAAGUCUUCCCCGAUUUGCAAAGCCUGGAGAAACACAUGUUGUCACAUACUGAAGAGAGGGAAUACAAGUGUGAUCAGUGUCCCAAGGCAUUUAACUGGAAGUCCAAUUUAAUUCGCCACCAGAUGUCACAUGACAGUGGAAAGCACUAUGAAUGUGAAAACUGUGCCAAGCAGGUUUUCACGGACCCUAGCAACCUUCAGCGGCACAUCCGCUCUCAGCAUGUUGGUGCCCGGGCCCACGCGUGCCCGGAGUGUGGCAAAACGUUUGCCACUUCAUCGGGCCUCAAACAACACAAGCACAUCCACAGCAGUGUGAAGCCCUUUAUCUGUGAGGUCUGCCAUAAAUCCUAUACUCAGUUUUCAAACCUUUGUCGUCAUAAGCGCAUGCAUGCUGAUUGCAGAACCCAAAUCAAGUGCAAAGACUGUGGACAAAUGUUCAGCACUACGUCUUCCUUAAAUAAACACAGGAGGUUUUGUGAGGGCAAGAACCAUUUUGCGGCAGGUGGAUUUUUUGGCCAAGGCAUUUCACUUCCUGGAACCCCCGCUAUGGAUAAAACGUCCAUGGUUAAUAUGAGUCAUGCCAACCCGGGCCUUGCUGACUAUUUCGGUGCCAAUAGGCAUCCCGCUGGUCUUACCUUUCCAACAGCUCCUGGAUUUUCUUUUAGCUUCCCUGGUCUGUUUCCUUCCGGCUUGUACCACAGGCCUCCUUUGAUACCUGCUAGUUCUCCUGUUAAAGGACUAUCAAGUACUGAACAGACAAACAAAAGUCAAAGUCCCCUCAUGACACAUCCUCAGAUACUGCCAGCUACACAGGAUAUUUUGAAGGCACUAUCUAAACACCCAUCUGUAGGGGACAAUAAGCCAGUGGAGCUCCAGCCCGAGAGGUCCUCUGAAGAGAGGCCCCUUGAGAAAAUCAGUGACCAGUCAGAGAGUAGUGACCUUGAUGAUGUCAGUACGCCAAGUGGCAGUGACCUGGAAACAACCUCGGGCUCUGAUCUGGAAAGUGACAUUGAAAGUGAUAAAGAGAAAUUUAAAGAAAAUGGUAAAAUGUUCAAAGACAAAGUAAGCCCUCUUCAGAAUCUGGCUUCAAUACAUAAUAAGAAAGAAUACAGCAAUCAUUCCAUUUUCUCACCAUCUUUAGAGGAGCAGACUGCGGUGUCAGGAGCUGUGAAUGAUUCUAUAAAGGCUAUUGCUUCUAUUGCUGAGAAAUACUUUGGUUCAACAGGACUGGUGGGGCUGCAAGACAAAAAAGUUGGAGCUUUACCUUACCCUUCCAUGUUUCCCCUCCCAUUUUUUCCAGCAUUCUCUCAAUCAAUGUACCCAUUUCCUGAUAGAGACUUGCGAUCGUUACCUUUGAAAAUGGAACCCCAAUCACCAAGUGAAGUAAAGAAACUGCAGAAGGGAAGCUCUGAGUCUCCCUUUGAUCUCACCACUAAGCGAAAGGAUGAGAAGCCCUUGACUCCAGGACCCUCCAAGCCUCCAGCAACACCUGCCACAAGCCAAGACCAACCCCUGGAUCUAAGUAUGGGCAGUAGGAGUAGAGCCAGUGGAACAAAGCUGACUGAGCCCCGUAAAAACCACGUGUUUGGGGAAAAGAAAGGAAGCAACAUUGAACCAAGACCCCCAUCGGAUGGUUCCUUGCAGCAUGCUAGACCCACUCCUUUCUUUAUGGACCCGAUUUACAGAGUAGAGAAAAGAAAACUAACUGACCCACUUGAAGCUUUAAAAGAGAAAUACUUGAGACCUUCUCCAGGAUUCUUAUUUCACCCACAAUUCCAACUGCCUGAUCAGAGAACUUGGAUGUCAGCUAUUGAGAACAUGGCGGAGAAGCUGGAGAGCUUCAGUGCCCUGAAACCGGAGGCCAGUGAACUUCUGCAGUCAGUUCCCUCCAUGUUCAACUUCAGAGCGCCUCCCAAUGCCCUGCCGGAGAACCUCCUUCGGAAAGGGAAAGAACGCUACACCUGCAGAUACUGUGGCAAGAUUUUUCCAAGGUCUGCGAACUUAACACGGCACUUGAGAACCCACACAGGAGAGCAGCCUUACAGAUGCAAAUACUGUGACAGAUCCUUUAGCAUCUCUUCCAACUUGCAGAGACACGUUCGUAACAUCCACAAUAAGGAGAAGCCCUUCAAGUGUCACUUAUGUGAUAGGUGUUUCGGUCAACAAACCAACUUGGACAGACACCUAAAGAAACAUGAGAAUGGGAACAUGUCUGGUACGGCAACAUCGUCACCUCAUUCUGAGCUGGAAAGUACAGGUGCCAUUCUCGAUGACAAAGAAGAUGCUUACUUCACAGAAAUCCGCAAUUUCAUUGGGAAUAGCAACCACAGCGGCCAGUCUCCCAGGAACACAGAAGAGAGAAUGAACGGCAGUCAUUUUAAGGAUGAGAAAGCUUUGGUGACCAGCCAAAAUUCAGAUUUACUGGAUGAUGAAGAAGUAGAAGAUGAGGUGUUGUUAGAUGAGGAGGAUGAUGACAACGAUAUUACUGGAAAAACGGGGAAAGAACCAGGGACAAGCAAUUUACAUGAGGGAAACCCUGAGGAUGACUAUGAAGAUGCCAGCACCCUGGAGAUGAGUUGCAAAACGUCCCCAGUGAGGUAUAAAGAGGAAGAAUAUAAAACUGGACUUUCUGCUCUAGAUCAUAUAAGGCACUUCACAGAUAGCCUCAAAAUGAGGAAACUGGAAGAUAAUCAAUAUACUGAAGCUGAGCUGUCUUCUUUUAGUGCUUCCCAUGUGCCGGAGGAACUUAAACAGCCGUUACACAGAAAGUCCAAAUCACAGGCAUAUGCUAUGAUGUUGUCAUUGUCCGACAAGGAGUCACUCCAUUCUGCAUCCCACAGUUCUUCCAAUGUGUGGCACAGUAUGGCAAGGGCUGCAGCGGAAUCCAGUGCCAUCCAGUCCAUAAGCCACGUAUGACAUUACCAAGGUCGACCAGAGUGGGACCAAGUCCAACAGUAGCAUGGCUCUUUCAUCUAGGACUAUUUAAAAGACUGCUGAGCAGAAUGCCUUAUAAACCUGAAGGGUCACUCAUUUAAAGUCUGGUGACCUUAAACUGAAUGCUUAAAAAAAAAAAAAGAAAAAGAGAGGAAAAGAAAGAAAAAAGA